AAGCGGAAGGAAUAUUUUAAAGUUAAAGGAGAAAGCUCGCAAUAGUAGCGCAGAGCAAAUUCUCCGCUAGUCGCAGCUCUUUCUACUUCCAAAAAUGGCGUCUGGCGGCGUGGGAGGAGGGGUGGUAGAAUGGCACCUGAGGCCACAAGUACCAAAAAACCCAGUUGUAUUUUUCGAUGUAACAAUCGGCAACAUCCCUGCUGGUCGCAUCAAGAUGGAGCUUUUCGCCGAUAUUACUCCCAAAACUGCUGAGAAUUUCAGGCAACUGUGCACGGGAGAAUUUAGGAAAGCAGGAGUACCACAAGGCUUUAAGAAUUGUCAGUUCCAUAGGGUGAUUAAGGACUUCAUGAUCCAAGGUGGUGAUUUCCUAAAGGGAGAUGGCAGUGGAUGUGUUUCCAUAUAUGGAAGCAAGUUUGAGGAUGAAAACUUUAUUGCCAAGCACACUGGUCCUGGCCUUUUAUCAAUGGCAAAUAGCGGACCAAACACUAAUGGAUGUCAGUUUUUUGUCUCAUGUGCCAAAUGUGAGUGGCUCGACAACAAGCAUGUCGUUUUUGGGCGUGUUCUUGGAGAUGGUCUUUUAGUGGUCAGGAAGAUUGAGAAUGUGGCUGUUGGAGCAAACAACAAACCAAAGCUGGCAUGUGUGAUUGCUGAAUGUGGAGAGAUGUAACUAGUGAAAAUAAAUGUACACCUAGUGAUUUGAAAACACCCAUCUGUACCUGGUUAUAUUUUCUUGGCAUAGUCUAGAGGACCUGUUGAGUUGAUUUAUCAGCUCUUUAUCUAUUUCAUUUGACAUUAAUGAUUAAACUUGUGAACUCCUCUUUCUCCAGAAUUGUAGCAAACAAGAAAAAUGUACUGGAUACAAGUGUUUCCUGUGUCAAAGUACAUUGCAAGAUUUUUGAUAAGAAUGCAAGUGUGUUAUCUAUGUUUCUA